GUGGAGCCGGAUAAAAGAAAAGAGAAAGGAGAAAAAGAAGAAAAAAGAAAAAAAGAAGAAGGAGAAACAGCAGGAGAGGAUUUGGCGUGACCGGAAACAGCAGCAGAAGACUUGGCGUGACCGGCGACUUCUGUGGGCAACCUGCUGCUUCAGGUACUUGAUUUUCAAGAUUUACCAGUAUAUUCUAACGGCUUUCAUGAGCACUCCAGGAGCCACAUCGUCAUCAGCUUCUUCUUUAACACCUCGGUGGAAAUAUGAUGUCUUCCUUAGUUUCAGAGGUGAAGACACUCGAAAUAAUUUUACAGAUCAUCUAUAUGCUGCUUUGCAACGUAAGGGUAUUGUCACCUUCAGGGACGAAGAAGGACUUGAGAAAGGAGAAUCUAUUUCACCAGCACUCUUGAAAGCAAUAGAAGAAUCAAGGUUUGCUAUCAUCAUUCUCUCAAAAAACUAUGUGUCUUCCUCAUGGUGCAUGGAGGAACUUGCCAAAAUGGUUAGAUGCAGGAAAGAGACAGGAUUGACAAUUCUUCCUAUUUUUUACCAUGUAAAUCCAUCUGAUGUACGGAAAGAGGCAGAAGCCCUUUACGAGCACAAUUUUUUUGAGAGAACGGAAACAUGGAAAGCUGCUGCAUUGAGAGAAGUGGCCAAUAUUUCUGGUUGGCAUUUACGAGAUAGCCCUGAGUCAGAAUAUAUACAACACAUAGUAGAGGUGAUAUUACAUAAAUUGAGUUCAAGUUUCUCAAGCAAUACAAAUAACUUGGUAGGAAUAGAUUCUUCAGUUGAAGAACUCAUCACUUCGUAUUAUGAUUGUGGGAACAAAGUUUGCAUGACAGGGAUUUGUGGUAUGGGGGGGCUGGGAAAGACAACUCUUGCUAGAGUUGUUUAUGAUAAGUUUUGUAGUCAUUUUGAAGGCUCAAGUUUUAUAGCUAAUGUCAGAGAAGAAUCAGAAAAAUAUGGUUUGCUUCAAUUACAAAAGCAGCUUCUUGCAGACAUUAUGGAGGAUGGAAAUAUAGAUAUAAGGGAUGUAUAUCAAGGAGUUGACAUGAUUAAGAAAAGGCUACGUAUUAAGAAAGUUCUACUUGUUUUGGAUGAUGUCAACCAAAUUGACCAAUUAGAAAAAUUGUGUGGAGAAUAUGGUUGGUUUGGAUUGGAGAGUUGGAUCAUCAUAACAACUAGAGAUGAACAUUUGUUGGUCCAACAUGGAGUGCACAAAAGAUUUAAGCCUAAUUCGUUAAAUAGUGAUGUUGCUUUAAAACUUCUUUGUUUGAAAGCAUUCAAAAAUGAGCAACCCAAAGAAGGUUAUAUGCAACUCUCUCAAGAAUGUGUACGCUAUGCUAACGGCCUUCCGUUAGCUCUUGUUACUUUGGGUUCCUUUUUGGCUGGAAGAACAAUGGAUGAAUGGCAAAGUGCAUUGGAAAGUUUUAAAAAAAUUCCUAAAAGAGAAAUAUUUGAUAUACUUAAAGUAAGCUAUGAUGAACUAGAGGAAAUGUGGAAGGAGAUAUUUUUAGAUAUUGCGUGUUUCUUUAGAGGGAAGACAAAAGAUCGAGUAGUUGAGAUAUUAGAGAAAUGUGGUUUUGAUGCGAGAAUCGGUAUAAGUGUUCUCGUUGAUAAAUCUCUCUUAACUAUAGAAAACAAUAAAUUAUGUAUGCAUGAUCUAGUACAAGAAAUGGGUAAAGAAAUUAUUCGUCAAGAAUCACGUGGAGAGCCAGGAAAGCGCAACAGGUUGUGGCUUAUUGAGGAUUUGUUUCAUGUAUUGACUAAAGAUACGGCAACAGAAGCAAUUCAAGCCAUAGUCCUAAACCGUCAUGAAUGGGAAAGAGGAUAUCGGGAGUUUGAAACCUUUCCUUUUUAUGAAUGGACAGUACAAUACCCGGACUUUGAAGUCUUCCCUGAAGCUUUUUCAAAGAUGUGUAAUCUUAGAUUGCUUAUAGUUGACAAUUUGUCUAUCUCAAAUGACCUCCAUCAUCUUCCAAAUUCCCUAAGAUUUCUUGACUGGUUUGGUUAUUCUUCAAAAUGUUUGCCAUCUAGUUUCCAUCCCAAAGAGCUCGUUGAACUUAAUUUACGGUUUAGUGAAAUUAAAUAUCUUUGGGAAGGAGUAAAGUAUUUGGACAUGUUAAAAAGCAUGGAUCUUAGUUAUUCAGCAAACAUUAUUCAGACACCUGACUUCACUGGGUUUCCAAGGCUUGAGAGACUUCGUCUUAGUUGGUGCACUAAUUUGGUUGACCUCCACCCAUCUAUUCGGCAACUCAGCAGGCUUGUUGUCUUAGAUCUUGAACACUGCAAAUCUCUUACCAAUCUUCCCUGCAUUUCCACUGAAAUGGAGUCCCUUAAAAUUCUUAAUCUUUGUGGAUGUCCCAAAAUCAUAAACUUUCUAGAAUUUAAUGGAGUUUUGACAAGCCUAUCAGAACUUCACUUGAGUGGAACUGGAAUUGAGACACUACCCUCAUCAAUCGACUGUUUGGCUGCCCUUUCUUUAUUAAAUCUAAAAGACUGUUGUCAUCUCGAGUGUCUUCCAGGUUACAUGGAUAGUUUGAUGUCGCUUGAAAAACUUGAUAUUUCGGGAUGUCGCCGUCUUGUCAACCUGCCAGACAGCCUUUGGAAAAUAAAGUGUUUGAAGGAACUUGAUUUGCAAGGUACCGGAAUUAUAGAAGUUCCCUUAGCCAAUCCUGUCUGGCAAGAUCUAUUGAAAUAUCAACUGUCAUCGAAUAUGUGCUCCAUGAACUUGGAGAGGAUAAUGCUUUUCAGAGAUGUAGAUUGCUAUCUCUCUCUCACACAUGCACAUUGUGAGAGUAGCCGUAGAGUGGCAUUUACAAUAUUGAACCGUUACCGACAGGGACUCCUUUGCCAAAAAACUGAAUACCAGAUAAUUAUUAAAGGGGAUAACCUUCCGCGAUGGUUAACACAUCAAAGUAGGGGAAAUUCAAUAAGCAUAGAGCUGCCUCCAAAUUGGUGUAAUGGUAGGUGGAUGGGAUUCUUUCUUUGUGCUUCCGUCAAUGUAAUUGGCGAAACAUUUGGUCUUGGAGCUCGUGUGAUAGCCCUUGGUGAUAUGCGUCACAGUCACUAUGCCUCUAAAACUUUCUUAAGGACGACAGCUUUGGGGAGCCACAUUUGGCUUUUGUAUUUUUCUCGAGAUGAUUGGUUCGCUACUGUUGGGAAUGGUGAAUGCAGUCAGAUUGAGCUUGUAUUUGAGAACUAUGGCUCAGUCGAGGGAGUGAGGGAAUGCGGGGUCAGUUUGGUGUACGAGCAAGAUGUGGAAGAGUUCAACCAAACACGACUCAGAAAGUCCUCCUUCCGAAAGAACACGAUUCAUCAAAUUGUUGAAUAAAUGGUCUAGAUAGGAAAUAGUCUCAACCUUCACCUGUUACUACACCGCUCUAAUGAUUUUGCUAAGAUAAUGGACAUGUCUGCAGAAGGUGAGGACCAUGUUCUGUUUAUGCCUUGACCAAUUGCUAAAUGCUUAAAUAGCGGGGAGGAUUUUCAUAGGAUUAAUUUCAAAUUUGAGGCUACUGUCACUGGUUAUGCAUAAGCAUUUCUGUUAGUCUUAUUAUUUUUUUAAGAUAAAAUCCUGGUAUGUUGUUUUGAAUUUAGAUAUGGUUUCAGUCAUGAUGGUUUGGAAAUGUAUUCAAGUGACAUAUCCUUGCAUCUUGUUUCAUGAUGACAAAAGAGGCAAGAUUUAUUUUUAGGGGUUUUAGUCCUUAUCAGCUAUGAGUUAUAUGGUUUCAUUUAUAAUGAUUUUCAUAGCAUGAAGUUCAAUUGAGUGCAUGAGUUGUAAAUCAUGGAGAAUUUUCGAAGCUAUUAGUUUUUAUCAAUCAAGCUAUAUGAUCAACUAAGAAUUUUUAGUCUUCAUUCUAGAAAUAUUUUCUUUGCAAUUCAAAAGACAAUUAACACUGUUGAAAGCCUCAUAUAAGUUCACCCUUUAAGUAAUCUUCUUUCUGGGCUAAAAGAGAGUUAUACAUAUUCAAGCGGACUUGUCUAGUUGAUAGUUAUGGCCUAACCAUCAUAUUGUUAGUAUCUUUCUUCCAAAUAUAUAGAUCAGCAUAUCAAGCCAAUGUAGAAGUCAUGAUUCUUCCCUGAUAUUGCAUGCCAUUAAACCCCCUAUGUUAUGCAUCAGGGAUUGCUAGAGGAAUUGGCUGGCAACAUGUAGGAGCCUAUAUCCAUUAGAUUGAAUUUAGAACAGUCUAUUUUGUACAAUCAUUUUUGUGUGCCCAAGGAACAAGUUUCAAAAUUUCUUCCUUUCUAUAUAAUUGUCCCCCCUUCUCCCUUCUCUUAUUUUUACUGAAAUUUAUUUGUGUUCAGCUUGAUUGUAAAGCAAAAAUAUUUAAAACCUUAAAACUAUUUCAUAUUGGAAUAAUUGAUAUCAAAUCUAUAUCUUGUUAAAAUUGGUGACAAUUGAAACCAGUGAAACGUGCUAGGCUUGUAAACUAAACUAAUUUUGAAUACUUACUUGGAUU